AUGACCAUCUGUCUUGGACCUGAAAGUCUCACAAACCCGGUCAUUCUUCGCCAGUUGCCCCAUAAAGAUUUCGUAACCACGCUGGACGUUCUCUGCGAGCAGUUCCUGAAGUCUGCUCAGCGGAGUCGUCGCGUUGUAGCAGUGUGUUUGAACAUUCUUGCCACGAUUCCCAACAAACAAGACAACACAAAAUCGAGUUCUGUUGAUGAUAUUUUGGGAGUGGAAGACGUUCUCGCCAUCACGGACGCUGAGCGAACAGCCUUACAGCAGCAUCUGCAGACGCUCCACACAAGCACGUGGAGUCGGAUGCAGCAGCACAUCAGCACGAUGCUGGAUGCGCGAAGUGAGAUCCACUCGCAACUACAGAUCGAUGAGUUGAAGCAGGUGUGGGAUCAUUGCAUGGACUUCGUGAGCGUGGCAGGACGGAUUUACAACACGAAGGGAAUGCUGUUGCUGCACACUCUCUUGCGCCAGGCACGCGAUUCCCUCGAAUAUCUGCACAAAAGCCAGCUACUCAUGCUGCAGAAUCUUCUCCAUGAGGAACUUUGGAAGCCUGCGCUCGUUCCAAGCGCCUUGCAAAACGAACUAACCCACUUGCAGGAAAACCCACGUACGGCGGCGCUGCUUGUUCGCACGUCAACAACUGACGUAAUCUCCGCUCAUCCGCGUCUCCUGAUCGGAUCCCAGUCCUUUUGUGUGACUCAUUCGAUGCUGGAGUUUGUGAAGAUGCUGCUGCAUUACCUUCUCUAUGCACGUUCUUUCCAAGGACUCGGUCCUGAGGUCAUGCAUCGAAUUCUGGAACUAUUCCGGACGUUUAACACCUCGUCUCGCUCCCUGGUUCUCAACGCGGGCGCUGUUUCUCAAGGCUUUCUCAAGCGGAUUAGUGCUCGCCACAUCGCGCUCGUAACGCAGUGUCUGAGCGCAGCAAUGAGUCUGGUGACGGUCGCUCAAACGUCUUUGGUGCUGUAUCUUCCUUCCAAGCAGCACCCCGUGCUGAUGCAACUCUCCCAAGGAAUGAUCGAGCUGUUCGCUGAUCACCGCAGCCAGCUGUUUGAGAAGUUCCCCGAGAUAAUCAAAUCGGUUGCAGAGAAGAGCUGCAGCAAUCUCGAAGUAGUUUGA